AUGGACGAAUGUCCAGCGCUGCAAACAUGCUUGGGUUGCCUUCACACUCUGUUGUUACUGAAAAAGGUGCUGAGUGCUUGUGGUAUUUGAGAGUGGAUCCUGGUCAGAGGAUCAAAGUCACUUUUACUCGUGUGCCAACUGAUGACUGCAAUACAACUCAGUUUCGAGUUGUGAACCCUAACCAUCAGAUCUGCAGCUCUAGAGGCUCACCAAGUGUAGUAGUGUCAAAACAAAAUGAAGUCAAAAUCUUGUUUCAAUCAGAGCAAGCUUAUCAGCAGCUUACAAGCUAUUUUCUAGUAUAUUACAGCUCCAUCUGUGGGGGAUCUUUGGAAGUCACAUUGCUAACAAAGAAAAUGUAUUCACAUAAUGGCGAAGGAAAGCGGAAUUAUCCUCCUGGAAGCAAUUGCACUUGGACACUAAGAGCAGCUGAUGAGAAAUACGUAAUCCAUGUUGAAUCAGAUGAUUUUCAGCUGGAGGAAAGUGACAACUGUAAGAGCGAUUAUGUUUUGAUCGAUAACAAUCGCUAUUGUGGACAUCAAUCAUUUAUAUUAUACAAAUCAACUUCACCUGUGGUGCUGAUCAAGUUCGUUAGUGAUAACGACACUGAGGAUGGAGGCUUCCGAAUCAAAUAUUAUGCUACAGAAACUUAGCAACAGUAUUGUUGAGACAACGGACCGAAACUAUCGGUUGCUUAAAAUUUGUUUAUAAUAAAACAUUUCAAAACCA